AUGAGUGCAUUGUUGUCAAAAGCGUCACCUGGCUGUCUCCGUGCCGCAGCAAGACGAUGCUCAGUCGCGUCAACAGCUCCUGUCGCGUCAGCCCACUUGUCCACCGCCGCGACAACUCACAAAAGCCAAAACACCCCUCCAUCUGAAUUAUCUCAGCGACCGCAGGAAAUGCGAGAAAUAACGGUCAAGGGAAAGAAGACAAUGGCAGAGUUGGAUGAAGAGCUGCGACUGAAGCUUGAGGGCAUGUCCGGUGAGGGUGGCGCUGCUGGAGUUGAGUAUGAGAAUGGAAAGGCGGAGGGCUUGAAGAGGGGAGUUAAGUCGAAUAUGUUCAGGGUCAUUUGA